AAAUGGAGAAAAUGAGGAUUUUUUAACUCAAAAUGUUUGGUUUUUCUUCAUGUUAGAAUUUGAAGUUGUUGGUUCUUGACAAUAUUCUUGGUAAUGGGAUUUCAGUUCCUACUCAAAUUUCAAAAUCUGGGUUGUUCUGCAAGUUUUCUAUCAAAGUCAUUUUUACUUCGGUGCUGUUCUUGGUUUUUGCGUUGAUUAUAUCUCAAAUGGCACAAACAGAGAAACUUCAGAACAUUGAAACCCAACAGCAACAUAAUAACAUCUCUAUGUUCAACAAUUUUCCCAAGGAUUUGUUGCCAAGGUUCAUAUCUGGGAAUCAUUGUAAUCACAAACUCAACGGAGAAGAAGAUGUUGAGCUAAGUCUUGGACUUUCAUUGAAUGGUAGAUUCGGUGUGGACCCAAAAGCCAAGAAGAUUACUAGAUCUAGGCCAUCUUCUAUAGCAACAGAUUUUGUUAACCCGUUAAGAGAAAAUGGAAAUGGAAGUUCUUUUGUGGUACCUAAUAUGGAAAGUAAUAAUCUUUCAAGGACUUGUUCUUUGCCAACAGAGACAGAGGAGGAGUGGAGGAAGAGGAAAGAGAUGCAGACACUUAGGAGAAUGGAGGCUAAAAGGAAGAGAUCAGAGAAGCAAAAUUUCAAAGCAGUGAAGGAUAAAAAUAGGGGUGAGGAAGAUGAUCAGAGAGAAAAUGGCACAACUGGUAAUCACCAUCAAAAAGAGUUUCUUAAGAGCUUCAAUGGUUUGUUUGGUGUUGCUAUAGAAGGGCUGUUAAAACAAGCCGAAGUAGCACCACCACCAUUAUUACUAACAUCACAAGGGACUGCAUCUUCUGGGAUAACAGAAUUUGAAAGCCAGCCAGUUAAAGGAAUGAACAAAUGUGUUGAGUCAAGAAGUCCUGUCAGUGUGCAGUCUUUGUCAGAGUGUGAGCGGAAAUCGAUCAUAGCGCCGAGAUUAGCACUAGCUGAAAAAUUAGGUUUCCCUGCAGGAGUUGCAAUGGAAAAGAACAGAUCUAACAAACUUAUAGUCGCUGAGAAUGGAACUAAGGAGGCAGUGAGAAAUGUGUUGGAGGAUACGCCAUGUGUGUCCACAAAAGGAGAUGGUCCCAACGGGAAACGAAUUGAAGGUUUUCUCUACCAGUAUCGUAAAGGAGAGGAGCUGAGGAUUGUAUGUGUUUGCCAUGGAAGCUUUCUCUCAGCAGCUGAGUUUGUCAAGCAUGCUGGUGAUGGUGAUGGUGAUGUAGAGCAACCCCUUAAGCAUAUAGUUGUUAACCCUCCCCCCCUUUUGUAAUGUUAAUCUCGUGCAAAACAGACAGCGAGAAAAAAGAACCAAAAAGGUUUAAGGCUAAUGAAAUUUUUGUUUUGUUUUCA